AUGAGGAAAGGGACCGGUAUUCUGAGAGGGAUCGAGGCCGGAGGGAUAGAGAUAGAGGCUGUGGUGGGGACAGAGAAGAGCUGGACGAGGAAGCAAAGGCUGAAAAGGAGCGACUACGUGAUCUUCAGGAAAGAGACGAAUUUGCAAAGCGCCUCAAAGAGAAGGAUGAGGAGAAGACCAAGAAGUUGGUUGAAGACCGGUCAUCCACGAAGGAAGGUAAACAGCUCGCUCAACGGAGAGCUUUGGCAGAUGACGCUGCAGCUCGAGCUGCGGCCCUUCCAGACUUGA